AUGACCCAUGAUGCUAACGGCAGCGGUGUAUCAGCACCUCAAGAAACACCAACAACAUCGUCGGCCUCCACAACAACACCAACAACAACAAACGUUGCAUCAUCUACUUCCACAACAAAUCAAGAUGAAGUCAAUACUUCAGGGUUUUAUCCUCCUAGAAAACCACAGGAUCCGAAUGAUCAAAGACUCCCUGUGACUGUUCUAUCGGGGUUUUUAGGAGCAGGCAAAACAACACUGUUGAAAUAUGUUUUGAACAAUCAGGAAGGAUAUAAGGUUGCCGUCAUUGUGAAUGACAUGAGCGAGAUUAACAUUGAUGCAAAACUUGUUCAUAUCAACCAUUUAAAGAACGAUACCAAGGAACAAAAACUCAUAGAAAUGGCGAACGGGUGUAUUUGUUGUACACUCAGAGAAGACUUGCUGCAAGAAAUUGCUAAAUUGGCCAACGAGAAAAAGUUUGAUUACUUGAUCAUAGAAUCUAGUGGUAUAAGUGAACCUUUACCCGUUGCGGAGACAUUCACAUUUUCUGUUGAUGAUUUCCUCAAUUAUGUUCAACAAACCAAACUGAAGGAGGAAAAAGCUCCAAGCGAAACUCCUAUCAAAAAUGUUACCCUUAAAAAUCUUGCCCGCCUUGAUACCAUGGUCACCGUGGUUGAUUCCUACAAUUGGCUGCUCGACUACACCAGCGGCAAAACAUUGAAAGACAAAAAUCUUCAAAAUGACGCUGAUGAUGACAGACAGGUUGUGGACUUGCUAGUAGAUCAAAUUGAAUUCGCAAAUGUUAUUAUUCUCAACAAAAUUGACUUGGUAACAGCCGACGAGUUGGGCCUAUUAGAACAAACUAUUCGUCACUUGAACCCAAAAGCCAAGCUCAUCAAGACAAAAUUCGGAAAAGUUCCUCUUGAUUGCAUUUUUCAUACCAAUAUGUUUGACUUCAAUGAGGCGCAACAAUCAGCUGGUUGGUUACAGGAAUUGCAAGGAAAUCAUGUUCCAGAGAGUGUACAAUACGGAAUUACAAGUUUUGCAUAUAGAAGAAGAAGGCCAUUCCAUCCAAAACGUCUUUCAGAUCAAUUUAUUCACAAUGAGGAAGCCCUUGAUGGCGUUUUAAGAAGCAAAGGAUUCUUUUGGCUUUGCACUAAGAUGGAUAUUUAUGGACUUUGGUCGCAAGCAGGUGACACCCUAAGAAUUGAAACUGGAGGUAGAUUCUGGGCUAGUAUACCGAAAGAAGAUUGGCCCAAAGAUGACAAUAGUCUUGCAAAAAUUUGGGACCAGAAGUGGGGAGAUCGAAGACAAGAGCUUGUCUUCAUCGGAAUGGACAUUUCAGAGAAGGACAUUUCUGCGAAACUUGAUUCGUGCUUACUCACUGAUGAAGAGAUGGCCAUGGAGGAUAAAUGGAAGGACUUUGAAGAUCCAAUUGAAUUGGACGAAGAAGAAGAGGCCACCCAUGCUCAUACUCAUGGAGAUGCCUGUGCACACGAUGGCAACCACGAUCAUUCUCACCAUCAUCAUCAUGAUGACACCUCUGAAAAACAUACCAUUAUUCUCAAAAAUAAGAGGAAAAUGCCCACAACAGAAGAAAAUGGCCACAAACAAGAAGCUACACAAGACGACACAGAUAAAAAGCGAAAGCUUGACCAAGCAUUGGAAAAUGAAUCAACCCCUACUGAAGCUAAGAAAGUGAAAAAAGACUAG